AUGCUGCCGGCGCUGCUCACGCGAGGGCUGCUCCGCGGCCUGGCGCGGGGGUCGGCGGCCCCGGUGGGGCGGACGCCCCGGCGCGCGUCCUUCCCGGGCCGCCGCGGGCUUCCUCAGGGCCCCGCGGACUCCCAGGAGGAAGGCGCGGUCCCCGAGGAGCGCUUCCUGUUCCCCGAGUACGCGGUGGAGCCGGCGUCGGCGCCCACCCCGGAGGAGCGGCUGCGGGAGCUGCGGCGGCGGCUCGACGAGGAGGAGCGGCAGCGCCUGCGGCGGCGGGAGGAGCGGCUGCAGCGCCAGCUCCGCGCCGGCCUCCGCGCGCACCGGGACCCGGAGCCGGAGCCGGAGCCGGGGGCCCUGGCGGUGCCGCCCAGCGGCCGGUACUGCUCGGGCUGCGGGGCCGAGCUGCACUGCCAGCACCCGGACCUGCCGGGCUACCUGCCCGCCGACGGGUGGGACCGCGCGGCCGCGGGGGGCGGCGCCGUGUGCCGCCGCUGCUGGCUCCUGGUGCACCACCGGCGCGCCCUGCGCCUGCGGGUGAGCCGCGGCCAGUACCGGCAGCUGGUGAGCGCCGCGCUGCGCCGGCCCGGGCCCGCCCUGGUGCUCUACGUGGUGGACCUGCUCGACCUGCCCGACCCCCUGAUGCCCGACCUGCCCUCCCUGGUGGGCCCCCGACAGGUCAUCGUGCUGGGGAACAAGGUGGACCUGCUGCCCCAGGACGCCCCGGGCUACCUGCAGCGGCUCCGCCGGCGCCUCUGGGACGACUGUGCCCGCGCCGGGCUCGCGUUGGCUCCCGGCCAUCAGGGACCACAGCCACCCCCGGAGGGGGAGGGGGAGGGGGACGGGGAGGAGGACCGGCCGGCCGGGCCCCGCACGGUGGUCCGGGACGUGAGGCUGAUCAGCGCCAAGACCGGCUACGGAAUCGAAGAGCUGAUCUCGGCGCUGCAGCGCUCGUGGCGCUACCGCGGCGACGUCUACCUGGUGGGCGCCACCAACACGGGCAAGUCCACGCUCUUCAACACGCUGCUGGAGUCCGAUUACUGCACCGCCAAGGGCGCCGAGGCCAUCGACAGAGCCACCAUCUCCCCUUGGCCAGGUACUACAUUAAACCUUCUGAAGUUUCCUAUUUGCAACCCAACUCCCUACAGAAUGUUUAAAAGACAUAAAAGACUUCAGAAAGAUGCAACUAAAACUGAAGAAGAUCUUAGUGAGGAAGAACAAAAACAACUUAAUUGCUUUAAAAAGGAUGGUUACAUAGUAGGAAGAGUAGGAAGAACGUUUUUGUAUUCACAAGAGCAGAAGGAUGAAGAUGCCUUUUACUUCGAUGCCGAUUCGCUUGCUUACGACAUGGGGAACGAACCUGUUGCCCCAGUGCGCCAGCCCACCAAACGAGUGGAAUUGACGCCACAAGAUGUGAAAGAUGCCCACUGGUUUUAUGACACCCCUGGGAUUACAAAAGAAAAUUGUAUUUUAAAUCUACUAACAGAUAAAGAAGUAAAUAUUGUUUUGCCAACACAUUCUAUUGUUCCAAGAACUUUUGUGCUUAAACCAGGAAUGGUCCUGUUUCUGGGUGCUAUAGGCCGUAUCGAUUUCCUGCAGGGAAAUCAGUCUGCUUGGUUUACAGUUGUGGCUUCCAGUUUUGUCCCUGUGCAUAUUACUUCCUUGGACAAGGCAGAUGCUAUAUAUCAGAAGCAUGCAGGUCAUGCAUUACUCCAGGUUCCAGUGGGUGGAGAAGAACGAAUGGCCGAAUUUCCUCCUCUUGUUGCUGAAGACAUUACAUUAAAAAAAGGACUUGGUGAAUGUGAAGCAGUGGCUGACAUCAAAUUUUCCUCUGCAGGCUGGGUUGCAGUAACGCCUAAUUUGGAGGACACACUGCAUCUACGAGUGUACACACCUCAAGGAACAGCCGCGACGGUCCGGCCGCCUGUCUUGCCGUAUAUUGUUAACAUCAAAGGACACCGCAUUAAGAGAAGUGUAGCCUAUAAAACCAAGAGGCUGCCUUCCCUUGUGUGCAACCUGCAGAAGAAAAAGCGAUAGAUGUGUGAAUUUGAAAUUGUACUAAUAAUACAGCCAUAACAAGGUCCUCCUUUUUAAAUAUUUGAACAAUU